GUGCAGUGCUGCUGUUCUUUCUUUAAAAAGACCAUUAACAACUCCAAAUCUGUCAGCGUCAACUUGUUUUGAAAAUGUUUGUGAGAUGUGUAAUUUUGUAGUGUAGUGUUGAGAGUGUCAUCAUGAUGUCUGUUUUCUCUCAGAAUCACGGUCACAGUCAUUACCCUGAUGCAGAUCAUGUGGAAGAGGGCGAAAAGGAGAAGCUGCAGCAGAACGGGGAAGCCAGCAGUCUGGCUUUGGGCAAGGUGGACGCAGGGGAGGGCGAGCUCAUGCUCAGUCCUGCACAGACACCACAGGACUCCCAGAACCCAGACAGCGGGGGGCGGUCCGGCAGCGGUGGUGGCUGCUACUGGCUGAAGGGUACGUCCUACUCUGACAUCGGCACACUGGCCUGGAUGAUCACAUUAAGUGAUGGCCUGCACAACUUUAUCGACGGCCUGGCCAUCGGCGCCUCCUUCACUGCCUCCAUCUUCCAGGGCAUCAGCACCUCAGUGGCCAUCCUGUGUGAGGAGUUUCCCCACGAGCUGGGAGACUUUGUGAUCCUGCUGAACGCUGGAAUGAGUAUACAGCAGGCUCUGUUCUUUAACUUCCUGUCGGCUUGUUGCUGUUACCUGGGCAUGGGCUUUGGCAUCCUGGCCGGCAACAGCUUCUCCCCCAACUGGAUCUUUGCCCUGGCUGGGGGAAUGUUCCUGUACAUCGCUCUGGCAGACAUGUUUCCAGAGAUGAAUGAGGUGAGUCGUGAGGAAGAGGACGCGGGCGGCAGCAGCUUCCUCCUCACCUUUGCCAUCCAGAACGCUGGACUGCUGACGGGCUUCUCCAUCAUGCUCCUCCUCACCACCUACUCUGGUCAGAUACAGCUGGGCUAGCACCGGACUCCUCUGGACCAACACCGGCCCUGACCAAUGUUGAAAGUGCUGGUUUAAACUGAUCCCCAAAAGGAGAACUUUUUUCUCUUUAUCUUCCCAAAGUUAGUUUAGUUUUCAGGACCCUGGAGUUUUUGAAGUUUGACUGCUGUGCGGCAGGUACGCACACUCCUCUAUUAAAAAUAUUUGAGUAGCUGUUUGUGUGCAGUUCCCAGAUGCAGUAGAACCCAGGCGGAGGGGGUGGCAGCCUUCUUUUAAUGUUUUAUCUACGUUUUCCUGACAGCUGCUCCCUUCUAGAAAUAUCAACUGAAGCAGUCUACAGAGACUAGAGACGUGACUCCCUCGCUGAAGAUGAACUGACGUGUAAUCCCGACCCAGUCCCUCAAACGUUUCUCUAUUUCCCAGACUACUGAUCAGCCAUUUGCCCUUAUUUUUCCUCCUCCCACCCCUCAGUGGAUGUCAUUGAGCCUCAUCUGAGAUUCAGUAGAUACAGAGCAUUAUAUCUCUAAUCCUCUAUGCCCGCAACACUUCCUCAGGAGGUGGGAAAAGCACAAUCAGGUAACAGCAGAUGUAUUUUUGACAUCCUUGAGUCUUUAUCCUUCUGUUUCAGACUGUUUCCCCUUUCCUUUUUUUCCAUUCCAUACCAAAAACAACUCAUUACGGAACUGACCUGGAAGUUUGUUCGUGUUAACAUAAAACUGACUUCAAGCUGUA